UCGAUUGUAUACACCUGUGUCCAUGGAGGGGAUUGGAACACCUGAAUCACAUGAUUGGGAGGGGAUUGGAACACCUGAAUCACAUGAUUGGGAGGGGAUUGGAACACCUGAAUCACAUGAUUGGGAGGGGAUUGGAACACCUGAAUCACAUGAUUGGGAGGGGAUUGGAACACCUGAAUCACAUGAUUGGGAGGGGAUUGGAACACCUGAAUCACGUGAUUGGGAGGGGAUUAGAACACCUGAAUCACAUGAUUGGGAGGGGAUUGGAACACCUGAAUCACGUGAUUGGGAGGGGAUUAGAACACCUGAAUCACAUGAUUGGGAGGGGACUGAAACACCUGAAUCACAUGAUUUGGAGGGCGGGCCCAUGACUUUUGGUAAUAUAGUGUAUGUCAGAGGCAUGUAUACAUGCAGCUGUAGGGUGCGGAGUGCCUGUGCCACAGAUGAUUAGACCGAUACAGGUGACCAAGGGCCCUGCCAGGUGGGUUCAGAAAUGCAUCUGAACACGAUCAAGGUCAGAAAAGGAA